AUGGUAACUGUGGAUAUGAGAGCAUCAAAAAGUGAUUAUAGGAAGGGAAUGGAAAAAAAAUAUAAUGAUCAUGGAGAAUGCACACCACUUUUGGAGCAAUCUACCAAUGACCACCAUGACUAUGAUGACAUAACUGUUCUAUUUAUUGUUGUUUCCCUUGUUUGCCUGGUGUUGGUAAACGGAAGAAUUUUUACUACUUUUUUGGGUCAUUUUUCCAAUAGCCUAGCACUAUAUGAAGCGAAAACUACUUUGUUUCUUAUGGCUGGCAUGGGUGUCUCUGGGGAACCAUUUGCCUAUCUGAAGAAAAAGGCUAUAUGGAACCAUUUUCUGAGAAAUUUUGAGUUGGAACUGGUCUCACCUUUUCCAGAAAUUGACGGGAAUGCCAUGGUUGUGGGGGUAAAAGGGGAGAUCAUGGUUCGGCAUGUACAGAGUCAUAUGCAAUAUGGCACCACCUUGGAAAAUGUGGUAGAUUCACCUCAAUUGACAAGCCUUUAA